AUCCAAAAGAACCAUAUUCAGUACGAGGGCUUUUAGUUAUCAUUAGGUUAUCGUCAGUCUCAUAUAUGUGUAAUAAAACUACUUUCAAUGCAACAAAAACUGAAAAUUUUGACGGGAGUAAUCCUUUUGUUUAUUUUGUUCAAAAAUAUACAUGGAAUGGAAGAUGCUAACAGGACUCUUUCACCCCAAACUAGUAAAAACAGCUGUACAUUACCCCCUCAUCCAAAAUUUGGUCAAUGGACAAUCUUCCAAGCAAAUCUCACCUCAUCUUCAGGAGAUGUCGUACCUAUGGGUACCGUUCUCGAAGUCAGUUGUUACGACAAUUACAAAUUAGAAGGGGGUGGAAUCGUUCUUUGUGUUCGGGGCGAAUGGAAACCUACUCUGGGCAACUGUUUAAGCACUUGUCCUUCGUUGCACACCUCGACUACUACAACAGUUAAUUGUACCUACAAAGGGGAAACUUUAGCAACUUGUAGCGAUGUGGUCGAGGGUACCAGAGCAGAGUUCCGUUGUGCUCCGUUUUAUGAAAUUCAAGGGAUGAAUAAGUUUCCAGUAAGAAUAUGUUCCAAUGGACAGUGGAGCGGUGGUCUUCCAGAAUGCGUACCAGUGUGCGGUAAAAAAGGCAUCACAAAGGAUUAUACGUUAAUUGUGGGAGGGUUCAACACAACGUCACUAGAAUACCCUUGGCAAGCGGCCCUUUAUGUCAAAAGUAACAAAGUAUUAAUCUGUGGAGGGACACUACUGAGUCAAAGGACAAUCUUAACAGCUGCACACUGCGUGACAAACGACAAAGGUCAACUAGAACCGAAAGAAAACUACGUAGUGGCUGUUGGCAAGUCGUACCGAAGCUACGACGAUUCGAGGGACCCCGCAGCUCAAUUUUCUUCCAUAGAAGAAAUCUAUGUUCCUAGACAAUACAGAGGCUACAUUCAACGUUAUUUUGGAGAUAUUGCCAUUAUAGUUGCAAAUACAACGUUCGUUCUUUCGCUUAACGUUCAACCAGUUUGUGUAGUUUGGGAAAAAACAUUUCAUCAGUCACUAGAGAAUGUCACCAGAGUGAAACAAUCUUACGUGAGCGGUUGGGGAUUUACUUCCGAAGACGAGAACCCUUCAGACGUUCUUAAAUCGUUAAAAGUUCCAGUUAUAAAUAAAACUGAGUGCGAGCACAGAUUAUCUGAAGAAGAUUUAGAAUAUCUGACCUACGAUAAACUAUGUGCCGGUUUCUUAGAUUCUGGCAUGUCUGUGUGUAAGGGCGAUAGUGGUGGAGGUCUGGUUACCAAGCAAGGUGACAGAUAUUAUAUUACUGCAGUUGUCAGUAUUGCGCCGCAAGUAUCUUCAAGACCAACAGGUGGAUGUGAUAGCCAAAAAUAUGGUUUCUACACCAGAUUCUCGUAUUACAUUGAAGACUUCAUAAUCGAUCUAGAAGCCAAAUUUGGGGGAAAUUACAGGUCCCAACAAAACGUGUCCUGCACGGAUGGGCACUGUCUCCCUAUCUCUAUAUCAACGACUUCUACAAGGAGUUGUAUAUUGCCCGAUCAUCCCACGUUUGGUAACUGGUCCAUCUUUGGUCCAUCCCCCAAUCAUUUUAUACCAGGAAUGUUGGUAUCAUCAGGCACUGUUUUAAAAAUACAGUGCAACCCGAAUUACAUCCUGAGGGGUAACAUCACCCUCUUUUGCAACAACGGCUUCUGGUCAUCCAGUGUUGGCCAGUGUUUAGAUGGUAGCCUUCCACGCUGUUUUCUUACGGGUACAUACGGUUGCUGUCCAAAUAACGUCACAGCAGCUACAGGACCCAAUAAUGAAGGAUGUGGGUGCGAGAUCAGCGAAUAUGGGUGUUGCCCGGAUGGUACUUCGGAAGCCAGAGGUCGCUACUACGAAGGCUGCACGGCUGUUCAAAGAAACUUGCCAGCGAUUUGCUCUAAGCCCAAAGAACGCGGGCUCUGUUUGAAGGAGGAAUGGGUUUGGUAUUAUAACCCCGAUACCGAUGGGUGUGCUCCAAUGACGUUUAAUGGUUGUAAUGAACACAAUGGAAUUACUACUAGAGAGGAGUGUGAACGUACUUGUUCGACUGAAACGCACAAAGCAUAUUUGGCUCUUUUGAAAAGUCGUAACAUAGACAUAGAGGGUCCCCUUAAAUCCUUAGAUCGUUUGUUAUUUACACACAAAUACUCAAACUUGAUACAUUAACUAGACAUGGAGCUAUCUGUUGCCGUUUUCUACGUCAAGGGGAGUUGUAUAAUGUUUAUCGCACUUCCAUCUUUAAACCGCUUUUUUGACUAACCUGUCUUUCAAGUUCAUAUAAAAAAAAAACAGUUUUAGAGUUUAGAGUAAAUACCGUAUUUUAAGUGAUGUAAUCAUAACGUAUCAGAAUUUAUCGAUGCCCUAUAAUUUACUAUUUCUUUCGGUAUCAACUGUGAAUUAUUUGACCAGAAAAUACUGAUUUUUUUUGUGAUGUUCAUAGUGUAUUGUUUUUGAAGUCGUGUGAGAGUUAUCUAGUGAAAUAAGGACAUAAAAGAACCUUAGAUAGACUGUUCGAAAUAUUACUAAAAAUUUGUUAAGUCCUCAGGAUCUUUGAUCGGAAGUGUACACUACUGUAAUAUACAUAUAAAUCAUACCAUCUUUCAGAAAUGUCCACCUUGACAAGAUUUUUAUUUCUGUUUUAAGUAGUUAUGCCAAGUGGAACAUUUUUAUUUUUCGGGAGGUGGCCAAUAGCAAUAAAGUCGGUUGACAUUUCACAACUCGAGGUAUAUCUACGAAGAUAUAGGAUUUUCCACCACCGUUUAUCUGUUUCCUUGAAAUGUGCGCUUCAACAUGGUGAUUUAGUCUACAUAAUCUUAGUUUGUUAAUAAAAAUUAUUAAAUUUAGAUCAUAAUAAGUGUUCAGUGUUUUUCUUUAAA